CUGACUCGUUCUAGACAAUUGCAAAUUGCCUUGUACCUGAACUCUUGCCAAAAUGUCCACUGACAAGAUUACUUUCCUCACCAACUGGUACGGCUUUUGCAAUUUAGUUAUAUGGUUUGUUUGUCCUUGUUAGAAUCUGGUGCUAAAGCGGGUGUUUUUAAAGGCACGCUACGCCAUACCACGCCCCCCUGUACCUUGCUCAGUCCAAGGGUUACUUCAAGGAAGAGGGCCUCAAGGUUGCUCUUCUGGAGCCCAAUGACCCUUCCGAUGUCACCGAGAUCAUUGGAAGCGGCAAGGUCGACAUGGGCUUCAAGGCCAUGAUCCACACUCUUGCUGCCAAAGCCCGUAACUUCCCCGUUACCUCGAUUGGCUCCCUCCUCGAUGAGCCUUUCACCGGUGUUGUUUACCUCAAGUCCAGCGGUAUCACCGAGGACUUCCGCUCCCUGAAGGGCAAGAGAAUCGGAUACGUCGGAGAGUUCGGCAAGAUCCAGAUCGACGAGCUCACCAAGUACUACGGUAUGAGCACCGAUGACUACACCGCUGUCCGCUGCGGAAUGAACGUCACCAAGGCCAUCAUCCGCGGUGAGAUCGACGCCGGUAUUGGUCUCGAGAACGUGCAGAUGGUUGAGCUUGCCGAGUGGUUGGCCGAGCAGAACCGCCCUCGCUCUGACGUCCAGAUGCUCCGUAUCGACCAGCUCGCUGAGCUGGGAUGCUGCUGCUUCUGCUCCAUCCUGUACAUUGCCAACGACUCCUUCUUGGCCGCCAACCCCGAGAAGGUCAAGAAGUUCAUGACUGCCGUCAAGCGUGCCACUGACUACGUUAUCUCUGAGCCCGCCAAGGCUUACGAGGAGUACAUUGACGUCAAGCCUAUCAUGGGCACUCCCGUCAACCGUAAGAUCUUCGAGCGCUCUUACGCCUACUUCAGCAGCGACCUCAAGAACGUCACCCGUGACUGGCAGAAGGUCACCAACUACGGCAAGCGUCUUGGUAUCCUCGACGAGAGCUUCGUCUCCAACUACACCAACGACUACCUCAGCUGGGAGUUGGAGGGUGACUCCGCCGACCCCACUGGUGACCAGAAGCGCAUGGCCAAGCUCCAGGAGGAGAUCGCCGCCAAGGGUGGUUUCCAGCGUCUGGCCACUUGCUGCGCUUAAAUGUUGAUUAUUUGAUGAUUGAUGAAGCGAAUCGAAGCCAAGUUGCUGUCGAUACACUCUUUAGUCGAGCAGAUAUGAAUAUGAAUCUUGGCUUUGAACAAUCGUUCCUAAGUAACCGUAGAUUUAACUGCUGAAGAUAUAGUAAUAGUUCAGAGCUUGUAGAAUCACUGAAGUGCCCUUAUGCGACACUCCCAUAAGCCUUCCUCUUUCUCAAAAGAACCACCCCACCCCCAAACCGUG